CUGAGGCUAGCUUCCUGCUUUCGUUAUAUAAGGCAUCGACCUCACAUUUAGUAGACUCACGAGAUAGCUUGAACAUCAUCUGGCCAGGACAGAGAUUGUAGCACAUGUUUCUCUUCCUUCGUUGGUUAGAUUAGUCAUCUCUUGAUCAUCAGGAGUUUCCAGUUCUAUAGUUGAUACACCUGGGAUCCGUAUCCAGUCGUUGACCGACGGAGGUAGAGCAGCCCGAUGGCACCGUCAAUGGUCUUCCUGGUGGUCUUGUUGGUGUCCGCUACCUUGAUCAGUACGGCUUCGGCUGCGACUUACAAGGUUGGGGAUUCAACAGGAUGGGUGAUCCCCGACACUGCAACGUUCUUUGAUGAAUGGUCUGCAAAACAGACUUUUGUUGUCGGCGACAAGCUCAUUUUCACAUACUCCACGGGUCACAAUGUAUACGAGGUCAGCUCGACCGAUGCAACCGCUUGCGAUUCCAGCAACCCACUGGCGAUUUACGCGAGUGCAAACCCCACUGUGACCUUGAGCACUGCUGGAACUCACUCCUUCAUCUGCGAAGUCCUCGGGCACUGCGUUUUGGGCAUGAAGAUGUCAGUAGACGUUGGCAAUCAGCCCCCACUCACUAACUCCACUGCUUCGCCCGCAAAGCCUCUGAGUCCAACAGAGUCUCCCUUUACUUCACCGCCAGCACCACCUCCACCUUCUUCUGCUUUCAGUCUCCAAUCUAGCGCAGCAUUCGCGUUUGCUGCAGCCUCGGCUGUUUCUGUAAACUGGAUAAUAUAUUAUGUAGUGUAGAACCAGACCGUAAGUGUACACACAAUCCCUCUUUCCUCUGCCUGCCAGCUCCGUGAAAAUUUGUCAAAUUCCGGUUCUCACGUCUUGGAGCGGCAGAUUCAACAGCUAAUUUUGAUCCAGUGUUUGAUUCUUGUGCAAUAGCAAAAGACGUCGUCAACCAUCAAAUUGCUCUGACCUGGUUGGUUUCAAUGGAAUUUUUUGUGAACGCCACAUCGUCAUAGAUCCUCACGAGUCAUCCCUAUCUGACUCGGUUGUCGAGAAGUUGUUAACUAUGAUCUCUGCAGCAGGCUUGCUUGUGAAUCAGCAAUUCUGAAGUCAACUAGCAGAGGCAGAACAGUGUGAGCAAGGAUCAUUAUUGCAGUCCUCAGAGUUCCAGGCGGCAGAAGGCUAUAACAUUCGGGCUUUCAGUCACUACAAGUCCAAGCCCGUGCCCUGCCUGGCUAGCUGUAGAGAUAGUUUCAGCAAAUGUAACAUGAUAGGUGGAAAAAAUGUUAUGCCCGUUUGUAACUUUUGUUAUGGGCAAAAUAUUCUGUUAAUGAUACUCCACCAGCGAGUAUCAGGACAUAUUUGAAAUCAAUCAGGUUUCUCAGCUUCAUUUGUCACAGU